UAGCCGCCAAAGCGCGCUUAGAUGCAGCCACCAGCCAUAGCCAACUUGGCCAACAAGAGCCGAUCAGCCAGCCAGCUAGCGACGGUUAAGCCCCCUCGUGGCAAGAGGCAAAAAUAACAGUAGCAGCCGCACCGCAAGGAGACACAAUCAAAGCGAAAACUUUUCGCGGACCCCGUGCUAUAAAAAGUGAAAACUGACCAUCACAAGUUAAUACUAUCAACCGGGUUUAUCAAAAACCCUUUUAAUAACAAUAUAUCAAUAGAGUGAUUAAAACAAAACAGUGUGCUUAUAUUACCAACUGAAGUGCUCACAAAAAACCCACACGAAUGCGAGUCAAAAUAAUGCAUAAAUCUAGUAAAUAAAUCCCCCCUAAGCUACUUACUUCUCUCGUUAAAAUUGACGUCAAACAGGCCCCAUUGUCUGCAGAACCGAAGAAUAUAGCAGGCUGUAUAGGUAUCUUAUCAAUGAGAAUGAAAAGCAAACAACACAAAUCAACAUAAACUAGUGAUAUCCAAUAUGUAAAGUGUUCGGUUACAAAACGGCAACGGCUCAGCAUCGUAAAAGUCAACAAAUUCAACAUUUUAUGGCGGAUCCGGAGAGUGGAAUUCAUAAACGCCAACAACAAACCAUAAACAUAUAUUAACCAGAUGAUUCGGUAGUAUAUUCCGUAUAUAUGCCGCCAUCGAAUUCUUGAAUUUCGAACGCCGGAAAACGGAAAAGCCUAAGGAAAUGCAGAACUUUUCAAGCUCAACGCACCACCAUAAACUCAACACCAGUUCCAGCUCCACAAGUUCCAGCACCACCCAGUCCGCCCACCGGCUCGAGGGCCACAGAUUGAGCCACCGAGCUAGCCCGGCUCCGUCUCCGUCUGCAAUAUGAUGGAACGUCUGUCCACGCACCUGUCGCUCACCGGCCUAUCGCUCGCUCACCCCCUUCAGUCGCACCUGAGUUCCGGCAGUGGAACCCACCACCUUGGACAACUGGCGGCGGCGGUGCAGCAGCACCACCAGCAUCACCAGCAGCAGCAACAGCAGCAGCAGCAGCAGUCUGACCUAGGCCACUCGCACCACCUGCACUCGGGCCAGCAGCUUUCGCUGAGCCACCAGCACCACCACGCCCACCAGUCGCCGCAGCAUCAGCAGCAGCUUCAGCACCAUCCGUGUAGCAGCAAUAGCAGCAACGGCUCGCCAAACGGUUCCGCCGGCCUAAGUCUGCACCCCCACUCGGCGCUCCACCUGGCGCAUCACCACCCGCAGCUGCACCAGCACCACUCCUCGGGUCAGCAGCCGCAGCAACAGCAGGGCAGCCAGCCGGCGGUGUCGUCCUCUUCCGGAUCCCAUCACAGCCAGCCGCUGUCGCUGUCCCAUCAGCCGCACACCAGCAACGGAAGCUCCCAGCUGGGCGGCGGAGCGGGUUCUGGUUCUGGUGGAUCAGCCAAUAGCCACCACAGUGCUCCGGCCUCCAGCAGCGUGAUGGCCGCCGCAGCAGCCGCCCAUUUGCACCACAAUUCACAGGCGUCGCCGAUCAGCAAUUUGCACCAGAAUAUGGGCAGCCUCAUGAACAGCGGCAGCAGUGCCAGCGAUGUAUUUUUCAGCCUGAUGAUCCAGAACACAACGAAACGUCAGAACGAGGAGCACAUAAAAAGACCCAUGAACGCCUUUAUGGUGUGGUCGCGACUCCAGAGACGUAAGAUAGCUCAGGAUAAUCCAAAAAUGCACAAUUCGGAAAUAUCCAAGAGACUGGGUGCCGAGUGGAAGCUGCUCACCGAGGAGGAGAAGCGUCCGUUUAUAGACGAGGCCAAGCGCUUGAGGGCCAUGCACAUGAAGGAGCAUCCGGACUACAAGUAUCGACCCAGACGCAAACCGAAGGCCCUGAGACGCGAUGGCUAUCCCUAUCCCAUGCCAUAUCCCUCGGUGCCAGUGGAGGCGUUAAGAGCGGGCAUUACGCCCGGUUACUUUGCGCCCGGUCCCACAGCGGCUGCCUAUCACCUGGGCAGCCAUCUCGGCCAGACAUCGACGCCGACCACGACGCAGGCCACCCUUUCAGGACAGAUGGACAAGUUUGCCCUGGAGCGCAGUUCAUAUCUCAGCAACUCAACGCAGGCAAGUGCCGCUGCCUAUAGCGCCUACCUGGAUCCCAGUGUCCUGACCAAGGCGUACUUUGACUCCAAGAUGUACCAGGAUCGGGCGGCCAACUAUGCCUUCGACAUAUCCAAGAUCUAUGGUGCCCAGCAGCAUGCAGCCGCCCAUCACCAACAGCAGCAGCAGCAACAACAGCAACAACAGCAGCAGCAGCAACAGCAGCAACAAUUGCUGCUCGGCGGAAGCGGAGGAGGCGGUGGCAGCGCCAGCUCGCACAACAACAACAGCAGCAGUGGACUGGACGAGCGCGAUGCCACGCCCCAGCUAGAGGCGGGCGGCGGCAGCAUUGUGGUGGAGGCCAAGCCGCACCUGCACUCGCCCAGUGACGUGGGCCUGGACUAUGCUCAGUAUGCUCAGCAGUAUGGCGGUCAGUUGGCCACGGCAGCAGCGGCGGGUGGCGCUGUUGGGGGGGUUGGGGUGGCUGCCGGCACCGGGAGUGGGUCAGGGGGUGGGGGCGGAGGCGCUGCAGACUUUCGGCGACCGCUGACGGUGAUCUUCUGACCACCAUCUUCCAAUGGCAGCGAGGAGUUAAACUUGUCCAUGACCUAGGAAAAGCUCACGAAAGAAAGGUGACAAGGCAAGCAAGUUGAAAGCCCAAAAACCUUGGUAAUCAAUUUUGAUCAAAUUUGGAGGAGAUUUUAAAUCAAUUAUUUCGGGAAGUUUAAAAACAUUAAAGAACACAUUAAAUAAUUUAAAUACAUUUUUAAAUAUGUAAUUUCCAUUUGGAAAUAUUUUUAUUACGAAGACCUCUUCAAGAACCUGAAAUAAUUUUAAAUAAAUUUCCAAAAACAAUAUUUAAAUACAUAACUUUCUCCAAAUUGAUUAAAAUUAAAAACCUUAAAAAGGUUAGAGGGUUAAAUACCCUCUAAACAGGGUAUAGCGCAGAGGGAAUAACGAAUACAACCGAAAACGCGAGAUUAAAGUUAAACGUAGCCAACAUUUGCAUGUAAGUCUCCAGUUGUAAACUAACCGUAAGCUUUGUUAAAUUAGAGGAAGAAAGCAGCCACGAAGAAAGGGGAAGAAGAAAGGAAACAAGAAGAAAGGUAGAACAAGAAAACCACUUAGCGAAAGAAAAAUAUAAAACAAAAUUCCAACAAAAACAAAACAACAACGAGCGGUGCAAUUUUUUAUGUUUUAAACGCAGAUCGAAGUGCAUAGCAUAAAUUUAAACUUAAAUUUAAAAUGUAUUUAAAUUCUACACUAAACACACACAAAAACAAAAAAAAAAC